AGAUAGGAAAGGCUAUCGGUGCCAUCGAGGUGGUGUCAUGUGUUCGUGCGUCUGUGUGUGUGUUUCGCCGAUUGUUGUAGAACGGUGUCACCUGCCGUGGUUUGAGCAGUGUUCGUUAACCUGCCACUUCGCGCAGGCUGCCUACAACUAUACUUCUGUGCAGGACAGACGAAGUGGAGUUAGAUACCUUCCUCUUCUAGAGCAUAGAUAUACAGUCACAUGAACCUGGAGACGGACGCCAUAUUAUAGAAUAUAGAUGUAGUAGAAGUUCUCUGUGAUUGCAAACACCGGAAGUGGGUUGAGCACCUUUGCAACAAAAGGUUUUGCAAGAAACGUGUCAUCAUACAUUUAGGUCGGCCAUAAAUGUGUGGAUGUCCUGUGUCAUUGUCGUAUACAUAUCAGCCAAGAAAUGAGUAUAUAUAGAUAUAUAUUUUUUUAGAGAGAAAGAAAGCAGGUGUCCCAUUCGACAGGUGAUGGGUGAGCAAGUAGCAUCUUCAAGGGUGCCAGGGUAUACUAGUAGUAGUAGUCUUAGCGGCCCGAAGUGGGGUGGUGGAUGCGUCUCUUCUGGGGCGUCGCCGUGUUUACGGGUCUAGUAUCAGCUGGUCCGGACCUGCAUCUAGACGGUCCAAAAGGAGAGGGGCAGGAAGCUUGAAGCGAAGAAGAAUAUAUUUUAUAUAUUUAAAGAAAAGCCAUAAAACCUUUUCAGUUCAGCUAAAGAUUGGAAAGAAAGACAGUUUCCUACAGUUGUGGAAGUGUAAACACUGACCGGCCGUGUUACUUACUCCUUACACCAAAUUGAUUUCACGUGGUGCCCUGUGGUUUCCAUUUUGGUUAUUUGGUUCCCCUGCGGACAGUGACGAUGUGGAUUGAAGGAUACAGUGAUGAUAGAUUAAAAAUGGACGGGGGGAGGUGCAACACACGAUAGAUUUAAGGAAGAACCCACGACGGUGGGAAGAACUUGAGUGAAAACGUUUGGUUUUGUGAUAGAAUUCGCAUCGAGUGAAAACGUUUGGUUUUGUGAUACAAUUUGCAGAGUGAAACCGUAGAAGUAUCUUGGAGUGAAACCGUUUGGUUUUUUGAUACUAUAUAUGUAGAAUUUAAGUGGAGCCAAAACGUCUGGUUUAUUGAUACAAUUCGCACAGAGCGAAAACGUUUGGCUGUAUGAUAAAAUUUAGGUAGAGUGAAGAAAACGUUUGGCUUUAUGCUACAAUUCACUUAGAGCGAAAACGUGUGGCUUUAUGAUACAAUUUACGUAGAUUGAAAACGUCUGGCUUUAAUGAUACAAUUUACGUGAAGUGGAAACGUUUGGUUUUAUGAUACAAUUUACGUGGAUUGAAAACGUUUGGCUUUAUGAUACAAUUUAGGUGGAGUGAAGAAAACGUUCGGCUUUAAUGAUACAAUUUACGUGAAGUGAAAGCGUUUGUGCUUUAUUGAUACAAUUUACGUGAAGUGAAAACGUUUGGGCUUUGAUGAUACAAUUUAAUGGAUUGAAAACGUCUGGCUUUAUGAUACAAUUUACGUGGAUUUAAAACGUUUGGCUUUAAUGAUACAAUUUACGUGAAGUGCAAACUUCUGGCUUUAGUACAAUUUACGUGAAGUGCAAACUUAUGGUUUUAUGAUACAAUUUACGUGAAGUGAAAACAUUUGGCUUUAUGAUACAAUUUACGUGGAUUGAAAACGUUGUGUUUAUGAUACAAUUUAGGUCAAUUUAGGUGGAGCUAAGAAAACAUUUGUCCUUAUGAUACAAUUUACGUGGAUUUAAAACGUCUGGCUUUAAUGAUACAAUUUAUGUGGAUUGAAAAACAUUUACGUGGUUGAUCGUCCGUGAGCAAGAUGGAAGGCAAAUCAGUGGUGGAGGAGGAGACAGUCUCCCUCACGAUUCCUUCCCACUGCUGGGACUCCGGGAAUGAGGAUGACUGCUCUGACGACGCCGUGGUCCUCUGCAUCGCCCCCUGCUACGGCUCCGACUCUGAUGCAACCGACGCCGAAGACGAUGACGAUGACGACGACGACCACAGCAACGCCGCGGGGCACGACUCGGGCAUCGCCGUCUGCCGCCCCAGGGAAGGGGAGCUGGCCGACGUCGUGGCAGCCGUCGACGGUCAUCUCGUCGUCGCGGAAGCCCAACAACGACGACCGCGACGAUAACAACAACAACUCCGACGGGGAAUCCGAGGAGUACGACCUCUACGACGGGUACGAGUUCGGUGACACGGACGAGGACGACUACGAAGACGAGGAUGACGAGGGCCGUCCUCAGAUGCGCCAGAGGGAGGGGAUGGACUUGAUACCGUCGGCCAUCCGCCCUUCGAAGUUGCUGCCCAACAGGCGGAAGGCCCAUCGGUACGAGGAUUCCGAUGACAGCGGGGACGACGAUGACGUCAGCGAUUCUGAGGAUGUCGGGGAGGACAAGAAUCCUGUCAAAGAGUUCCUCGAAAAGGCGAAAGAAGAUUUCGAAGAAAAAUGGAAAAGUCCCACCAAGAACACGGCGUGCCUGGACGAUUUUGAGCGCCUCAAGACAUUGGGCACUGGCUCCUUCGGGAGGGUGAUGCUGGUCCAACACAAGUCUACCAAGGAAUACUAUGCCAUGAAGAUACUUGAUAAACAGAAGGUGGUGAAAUUGAAACAAGUAGAACACACCCUGAACGAGAAGCGAAUAUUACAAGCCAUCACCUUUCCAUUUCUCGUUAGUCUAGAGUUUCAUUUCAAGGAUAACACAAAUUUAUACAUGGUGCUAGAAUAUGUCCCCGGAGGCGAGAUGUUCUCACACUUGCGUCGCUUGGGGAGAUUUAGUGAACCUCACUCUCGCUUCUAUGCUGCACAGAUCGUUUUAGCAUUUGAGUACCUACACUAUUUAGAUCUUAUAUACCGAGAUCUUAAACCUGAAAAUCUACUUAUAGACAGUCAAGGCUACCUCAAGGUAACAGAUUUUGGUUUUGCAAAGCGGGUGAAGGGACGGACGUGGACGUUGUGCGGUACGCCUGAGUACCUGGCUCCAGAGAUCAUUCUUUCCAAGGGAUACAACAAGGCUGUAGAUUGGUGGGCACUAGGUGUUUUGGUAUAUGAAAUGGCGGCUGGAUACCCACCAUUCUUUGCUGAUCAGCCUAUUCAGAUCUAUGAAAAGAUUGUGUCUGGAAAGGUACGUUUCCCUGGACACUUUUCUGGUGACCUGAAGGACUUGUUGAGGAACCUAUUGCAAGUUGAUUUGACAAAACGAUAUGGUAACUUGAAGAAUGCUGUUAAUGAUAUCAAGAAUCACAAAUGGUUCCAAACCACAGACUGGAUUGCUGUAUAUUCAAGGAAGGUUGAAGCUCCAUUUAUACCUAAGUGCAAAGGUCCAGGAGACACAAGCAAUUUCGAUGAUUAUGAAGAGGAAGCCCUUCGCAUAUCCUCUACAGAAAAAUGUGCCAAGGAGUUUGCCGAGUUCUAGAGGCCUUUAUGUUUCUGUAGAGGCUAAGUUGACUCCCUGUGUCUGUGUACAAGUAUAGUACAUUACUCCCCUCCAGAGACCCCAGUGCAUGAGCAUUGCCAUAUUGGUGAGCGCCAGUACACAUAGCUAAUUAUUGCUGUACAAACAGGCCUCAGGCAAGCAGUGAAAAAUGCAGAAAGUGCUCAGUUGAGGGACACAUUUACAUUGUGGCUCACUUGUGCAUAUAGUGCCAGAGAGCCGAGGCUGUGAUGGCAUGAUUGCCACAGAGCAGUAUGGUGGUGUGGCCUUAUGCUGCCAUGAAGGUCAGUGUAUCUUUCAUGUUACUUGAAAUCAACUUGAUUAUGCGUGAUCAACCAUCAUGGUGAUAUGAUUUUUAUGGAAGAAACACCUAAAUCAAACAGAUUGUAUAUGAUUGUUUUGCAGGUUGAAGUCAAGUAACAUUUUAGAUAUCCUAGGCUUUAUGUAAGGAAAAAAUAAACUUGCCACCUGAGGAAUAAGUGCCAGACUUCGCAUCAGGCGAUGCCCAAGUGAGCAGUUGGCAGGAAAUAGGUGAUGAGAGCAAGUGCCAUUUUAACCAGAAAAUAAGGUGGUGUUUCAGGAGAGGUUUGCCACUAGUUGCCAGCCACUUGGGGUCCAGGAGCUAACCUAGUCAUGUGGUGAGUUGGGGGUGGAUGGACACUUAGGGAAGAACACCAACAUCCAAGGAGACUUAAGAGGCGGACUGGAGGAAGUGGACAUCUUAGUUCUUUUAAAAAAAAGUGAUAUGAGAAAAGUUGCCAUGCAUUGGGACAAGGAAAAUGCUUUUGACCAGAGACAGUUACUCUUGGUAAAAAGAAGCCUUUUAAGAUUUUUUUAACAUCUUUAGAAUCCAGAGAUAAGUAGCUGUGGGUGAGGAAGUUUACUGUAAGAUGAAAAUUAUCCAUUAUAUGAAAUUUUGUAUAAUCAAACAUAUCUUUGAGCUUAAAUAAUGGUAAGGCAAAAAUCUCAUGAGAAUGUUUGAGCAGCAGCAGCAGAAAUCCCACCUAAAAGAAAUUGCUUAAUAGGGAGAAACCAAGCAAGUAUAUUUUCAGUCGGUUCCACCGCCUCUCUCUCUCUCUCUCUCUCUCUCUCUCUCUCUCUCUCUCUCUCUCUCUCUCUCUCUCUCUCUCUCUCUCUCUCUCUCUCUCUCUCUCUCUCUCUCUCUCUCUAUAUAUUGGCUAUCUUCAUCAUCAUCGAUUGCAGCUUUGUUCAUACUGCGCAUGAUUGAUGCCCCUGAUUAACUAUGCCAAAAUGCAGCAAACUCUCAUCACACACAUUUUGUAGGUUACUUAGUUUACUUGUAUGGUUUCAACAGAAUUUUUAUUGAUUCAAUACAGAAGAUGAAAAGGCUAGAUUUCCCCAAGUCACAUGUAUGUAGGUAUGUAUCAAAGUUAAUAACAUUAAAAAUGAUGUCCAUGUGUGCAAAGAUGUAGAUUAUAUAUGUUUGAAUAAGUGUUUCUAUGCGAUUCACAUAAAUGUGAUACAUUUGAAUGAUGUGUGAUGGCUUCUUUUCAUCCAUUUCAAAAUGAAGAAUAUAGCUAAGCUUGUAUAAACUAGGUUUUGUGAACUAAUCUUUUUUUAUUUAACUGCCAGUGGGAAUGAAUGACUAGUAAUUGCCUAUUUCUGAGAGCUAAUAUUUUCUUCUCUUCCUCUUGUGAAGUCUUGAACUAUAUAUAUAUAUAUAUACCGUACGACUCUGUGAGUCCUAAGGCACACUGUAUAAAAUACUGUAACAUGUCUAUUUUCUUGCAUUUUAGAGUACUUUAUUGUAAUGAUUAUUAUUAUAAUUACUUUGUGUUAUGGUCUGGCGCUCUGUUCAUGUAUUAUACUAACCAUAUAGAGUUUUUGAGAAUUUUUCCAAGAGCGUCUCAUUUCUUUAUUGUGCAAUAUUUUGAUGAGAGAAGGAUGCUCCUGUAUCACUGUUAUUUGCAGAUGUUCCAAGAAUAUGCAGCUCUGAGGUUAUCUGUCUGUCAUUUAUGUAAAUAUACACCCCUGGCCAAUUGCUGGCAUAUAUCAUCAUAACUUGACUGACCAUAUGCAUCUCUCAUGCUGAGGUGAAGGUACAGUCCAUCUCAUGCAGUGGCUGUUCAUUUGUUUUCCUUUUUUUAACGAUUAAGGUUUCUUCUUUGUAACACUAAAUGGUAUGAUAGAAGGAUCUCUCAAUAUGGAGUCUUUUAUGCAAGGGAAAGGAGUUGGUGCCAAUCAAAGUUUUUUUUCCCCAAAGGGUGUGGUAUUAUUAAAGCACACGAAUUGUAUAGUUCUCCAUUUACUUUUUAUAUGUUUAUGUAGAUAUGUUUUAAAAGAAUAAAUGACUUAAUUGCAGCCAUUAUUUAAGAACAAUGAUAAAUAAUUACGAGGUAGGAUGAAAACCAGCACUGCUCAAUGGUGGGAUAUUCUAUGUAUUGAUGUUUUGAUCUUUUUCUUUUUUUUUCUUUUUUUAGUGACAGCCAUAUCUGUAUACUGAUUCUGCCAUAGGAAUUUGUCUCUCAUGUUAACUUUAAAAAAAUAUUGUAGAUGGGCAGAGAUGAUUCAUGGAGAUUAGUUCCUUUUUAUAUUAUGGUCUUUUUAGAAAAUAUCAUUUUAACAGGUUAGAGUCAGACAUCUGUAUAUUAGACUCUCAGUACUUGGAAGUUGUAAGAUUUUCUCAACCAAGUACAAAUUAUAAGAAAAUAUAUAAUUUUAAGAAAUUAUUUUUAAAGCCACAGAAUUGCAAUAAUAAAAUAUUACUGGAGUGAAAUGUAACAGGUUAUUCUAAUUUUAUAGAAUUUAAAGGUUAUUCCAGCCACACUUCAGAAUUGAUUAUUUUUAGAAUCCAUUAUAUAAAAGUUGAUGGAUAGGGAGCCUUAAUUAUUGAUAUAAUUAGCAUUUUAUAUGGUAAUACUUGGUGCUCUGUAUUUCACAGACUUCCUUACUGCUGGCUUUACCCAUCAAGUUUAGCCAUUGUGUCACUGGAAGCUCGUGUAGGAAGUACAUAUUACCACCAAUUUAGUGACCAUAUACAUCCAGACUAGUGUAGCUAUUUUAGAUAAUCCCUUCAUCAAACUUCCAAAUUAAAAAUAAAAAAAAAAUCUGAAUUUAAUGUUAACAUGUUAGGGUAGCAAACUUGACAUCAAAAUUCUGUUGCUAAUCUACAGUUACAGUCCUUUUCAUUAAUAUCUGAUGCUUUUCAGGUAUUUAUAUUAAUGUUAUUUCCUUCAGUUUAGGACAGCAAUAUUCAUCUGUCAUGAGCUUCGGUGAAGUUGAAAAAUGAGUGAAUGUUUUAGAAAUGCAACCUAUGGAGUGCCACUCACAUAAUGUAGCAGUGAAUUCUCUCUUUAGAGCACAAAAAAGGUUGUUUACAAAAAGAUGUAAGGAUCACAUAGUUCUGCUAUUUACAAAACUUGGCUGCUGGAUUUAUUGUAAUAAAAGUAAAUUGUGCUUUCUGAACAAGGCUGAUAGGUUGGUUGGAUCUAGAUUUAGACCCACAGUCACUACUGCAGUUAACCUAAAUUUUGUAUACUUAAUCUCAUAUAGUGGCUCAUAUUCCAGGUUUUGCCUUUGGGAGCGAGUAUCUUGGAAUCCAUAUUGCUCAUACUCUACAGCUUACUCUUGAAUUUCAGAAUUAUCACACACUACUUUUUCUGAAGGAAAUUUAGACCUUUUAUUUUCUUUAAUUCUAUUAACAUGAUCUGUACUUUCAGCAGUUGUACAAAAAAUCUUAUUUCUAAGAAGUUAAUUUGUAAGUUUUAUUGUGAAGAGUUUUUCCUUGAAAUUUGACAUCACCAGCAUCAUAACGUUCAUGUUUAAUUUGUCGAGACUCCUAACUGCAAAAGAAAGACUGAUGCACUACAUACAUUCCGCAUACAGAGCGAGAGCAACCUGGGCAUAUAUGAAUUGAAACCUAAUCCCCUUCCCCCCACCCCAUCCUGUACCUUUGAUAUUCAACCCUUUGAAUCUAAAUCCUUAAUUGUUCCAUUACACAAAAAUAUUUAUAAAAUCUGAUGAUUCUCUCAUAACCGUACAAAAUACGCAAUUAUCGUUUUAAGUAGGCAGUCAUUGCAUUCUAUUGUUUUAAUCUUUUUUAGUUCCCAUGUAAAAAUUCAAAAAGGAAAUUUAGGUGUAACAUGCAUUUAACUCGGAAUUUGUCUGUACUACGACUUGAAACAGUUUUUUCUGAGUAGGCCUUUACUAGAUGCAGUGAAGAGUGGCAUAUAUAAUAAAAUACCAGUGAUAAUUACUCAUAUUUUGGUCAAGAGAACAAACCAAACAGACCGAUGUGCGUUAGUGGGUUCCUUGAUGUUGAUUGUAUGAAUUUCCCAGCUCCCCAAGCAAGCUACCUAUUCAAGGUUCCUCCUUGAUACCACAGUUGUAUCUACUUGUCAUGGGAGAAAGGUGUGAUAUCAGCAUGGAAUCAUCAUCCCCCUUAAUAAUUGUUACUAUAUAUCUCAGAACUGCUAGUAUCUAUUUUUCUUAAUCUCUAAUGUGCAUUAGUAUGUCUGCAAAGUAUUCAUGUGCAUGUGUCUGUGUGAUUGUGCAAAUUUGGUUCCCAUGGAAUAGGUGUGGGUGGAUUUGUGGUUGGAACCUUGUGUAAGAAGCUUUCACCAGACUAUAUCCCAGUUGAGUAUCUAUGUUCAGUGUUCAUAGUCCAAUUGCAUUGAGUUCAUAUUUUGUGAUUUGUAGUUGCCAAUUUUGAAUAAGACGUUAAUAAAUGAAACAUGUACUAAAAAA